UUGUGGUGGUUUAUGCAAGAAAACAAAACAAACAACAAAAAAAACAAAACACUGCUGAUCACGUGGUUCACUGCCAAAAAUAUCAGCCAAUCAGAACAGGAAGUAGUGGACGGUGGCGUUAAGCAGCUCGUGUGAGUAAUACCCGUCAUAUGACUAGGCCACAAAUGGAGUCGGUUACAACGAAUUGAACGUGCUUCAGGAAUUAAUCAGAAAACGCGGAUUUUAAAGUGAAAUAGCAGGUCGAAUAUGCCACCUACGCUGUUUCACAAGCUUUUCAAUAAAAGAAAUGUUUUUACGCCGCCGCCGAAGUGCGACAAGGACGAAUCUGCGUUCAGCAGCUGGCCAUCCCCACAGCUGGAGCCCAGUCAGAUCCGCCUUAUCGUCUACCAAGACUGCGAAAGACGAGGCCGAAAUAUCCUCUUCGACUCUGACAUGAAGAAGAGAAGCAUAGAGGAAGCCUCAGUCAUGAAGACGUGUGGUGACUCUCAAGCUAAAAUGUUCAGAAAGUGUUGUCCACUGAGGCCAACAGGUGGAAGCUCCAGCUCUCUGGACAGCAGUUCCUCCUGUGCCUCUGAGCCUAUGGAGCACAAUCGUUUCCAGGGUGCCUCCCACUGUUCCUCAGACCCCAAUAUGCUGGGGGAGAUGAUGUUCGGCUCAGUGGCGAUGAGCUACAAAGGAUCUACGCUGAAAAUCCAUCAGAUUCGAUCUCCCCCACAGUUGAUGCUUAGCAAAGUGUUUACAGCACGGACGGGUGGCAGUGUGUAUGGUAGCCUAAACACGCUGCAGGACAGUUUGGAGUUCAUCAAUCAAGACUCGAGGUCUCUCAGGCCAGAUCAGAACACAGUGGUCAGUGGCUUCCUGGGAAGCAUAGGAUUUUCUCAGCUGUGCAGCCCUCGUCGGGCCUUCUCUGAGCAGGGCCCCCUCCGUCUCAUCAAGAGCGCCUCUUUCUUUUCAGGUCACAGUAACCCUAUGGACAUGCCUGCCCGAGGACCGUACGAUGAGAGAGAGAGCGGCAUUGCAAGAUCAGCAUCUCUGAGUAGUCUGCUGAUCACACCAUUCUCAUCACCUGGCUCUUCUCUCACCAGUAGCUGCGCUAGUAGCUACCAGCGCCGCUGGUUACGUAGUCAGACCACCAGCUUGGAGAAUGGAGUCUUCCCCCGAUGGUCUGUAGAGGAGAGCUUUAACAUGUCGGAUGAGGGUAGUGUCCCAAGCCUAGGCGUAGCAAGGAAGAAGAAGAUAGCCAUUGGAGUCAUCUUCCUCCUGUCACCCAACGAAGAUGAGAACAGCAAGUUCCAGGAGUUUUUCUUCUCCCACUUCCCUCUCUUUGAGAGCCACAUGAACAAACUGAAAAGUUCAAUUGAACAGGCAAUGAAGCUGAGUCGACGGUCAACUGAUGUUAGUCAAAGAAUCCUGGCUCACAACCGCAUAGUGGACAGCCUCAAUGAGUUCAGGAUGACUAUCUGUAAUCUGUAUACCAUGCCACGAAUGCCCGAGCCCGUCUGGCUCACCAUGAUGUCUGGUACCCUUGAGAAGAACCAUCUUUGUGGCCACUUCAUGCGUGAGCUCUCUUUACUCAUGGAACAAGCCUCAAAGAACCAGUUUGUUCCUGCUCUUCUAACAGCUGUGCUCACGAACCAUCUGGCUUGGGUGCCUACCGUCAUGCCCAACGGCCAGCCGCCCAUCAAGAUUUUUCUGGAAAAACAUUCCUCUACAAGUGUGGACAUGCUGGCCAAGACACAUCCCUACAAUCCCCUAUGGGCUCAGCUUGGCGACCUGUAUGGUGCGAUUGGCUCGCCGGUCCGUCUUUCGCGCACAGUGCUGGUUGGGCGGCAAAAGGAACUGGUUCAGCGGCUCCUCUAUGUGCUCACCUAUUUCAUACGGUGCUCAGAACUAUUAGAGACGGAUGCUCUAGAGACUGGAAAUGACGAGCAGGACGAGGAGGCUUUUGCUGUGCCUGGAUCAGUUAUUACAACCUCGUUGCGCCGUGGAGAGGUUGAGGAGUCAGAAUAUGUGCUGGUCACUGUGCACAAGCCUAGCCCAGAGGGCAGUGAAGCAGGCGUGAAAGAAGAGCAGCAAACGGAGCAGAUUAUUCCUGUCCUCACAGCUCAGGAUCAGAGUGACCGUCAGAUCUGCCAUGAGGUUGGCAGCCCAUUAGUUAGCCCAUUAACAGAGACAGUGGUGAAUGUGGGCUCUGCCUCACUGGUAACCAAUACCCCUCUACUAGAUUUACAAGGACAUUCGGAUGUGUGUGAGACUGACGUGGCACCCAGCUUGUUGUCUGUAAAGAUUGUCCGGUCUUCAGGGAUCCCACUGGAAAAGAAACCACCUGAUAAAAGUACAACACUGGCCUCCUUUCUCCUGCAUGAGGAAGAAGAGGAGCCCGGGACUAGAGUCACCUUCCUGAUUGGCGAGUCCAUGUCACCCGAGUCCGACUCGGAGAGCCAGAGACACAGGGUUGAAGAUGAGCUCAAGAAACACAAAAUGCAUUUCACUGAAAAACCAAAGCAGCAGUGUUGCCACGUAAAGCAGCAGUGUAGCACUGCGCUGGCUAAGCCUCUAAUAAUGGACCAAAUCGAGAGCAAGGAUGCUAAAACCUUGUCAUACGUCGCUAGCAAUCUUCCUUGCGUUAACCCAGGUGCCCACGAGGAGUGCAUGGACCUGUUUGAUGAGUAUUUUUGUGAUGGUAACUCUGUCGAAACAAGGACUAUCGGCGAUGUCUCCAAAGCAGUUUCACAGGAGGUUGCAGAUGCUGAAAAACACAAUUUGCAAGAGACUUGGACGAAAUCCCUAAUUAGGACAUAUGAACAGGUUUGUGAGCACAGGGAACAGGCAACUUGUAAUUGUAGCACACAUCCCAUCAACACGGGCUGCUGUACCAAAUGUUGUUCUGUUCAGCAGGACAAAAGCAUCAGAGUUUCACUCAGUGUACCAGGCCUAGAGAAAGAGCGGGAACGGACGAAGACGUCCCCCCUGAACGAGUGGGAGAUUCCACGAAAUGAGAGUUCAGACAGCGCCCUGGGAGACAGUGAAAGUGAGGACACAGGACAGGAUAUACCCAGACAAGAGCAAGAUGCACAGUUCUUCAGUGAAAUCCAAAAUGACUGGCAAGAAGAGAUGGAAGUACCAUUCCCUGGGGCAAAGCUGGCAGAAAACUACUCCAAAUCGAGCAUUGCUAACUUCGGGAGAUCACUGUUUGGCAGUUACUGUCCUACAUAUGUACCUGACUUUGUUCUGCAUGGAAUUCCCAAUGACAGCAAACUGAGGCAAAGCCUUGGGUCUGACUUGGCCCAUGCAGUCCAGCAUCCUGUGUUGGAUGAGCCUGUAGCUGAGGCUGUCUGCAUUAUUGCAGACACAGACAGGUGGACAGUGCAGGUGGCCAGUAGCCAGAGACCCAGCACAGAGAAUAAGCUGGGAAAAGAUGUGCUGGUAUCAAACCUUGUAUCCAACCUGCUCAACUCCACUUACCAGCUCUACCGUCUCAACCUGUCUCCCAACUUUUGUAUAAUGCAUCUAGAGGACCGACUCCAGGAGCUUUAUUUCAAGAGCAAAAUGCUUGCUGAAUACCUGAAAGGACAGACCAGGGUGCAUGUCAAAGAGCUAGGCAUGGUUCUCGGAAUCGAGUCCAGUGACCUGCCCUUGCUGGCAGCAAUUGCAAGCACACACUCUCCAUAUGUGGCCCAGAUCCUGCUGUAGCAGGGAAUUGAGAUCUAUGGACACGUCCCCACACCCCCAUGGCAGGAGCAGUUCAGGCUCUUUUGGGGCACCUUUUAUUCUGUUUGCUGCAUCUGAAGCAGAGUGAAAUUGAUACUUUCGGUUCAUUUGGUUUGGUUUGAUUUCACACUGCACAUAAACAUAAAAGCAAAAAAAAAAAAAAAACUGGCUGAGGGGUGUGUAGGGGUGCGUACUUGUAAAACUUUAAUUCACUGGUCAGAAAUAUAAGAAGGGAAAAAGGUGAACAAACCUUUGCUAAGUGCAUGGAGAAAUCACAAAUAUCACCCAAGCACAGAGAAUUUAAAGCCAGUGCGGAGUAAAUGAUUAGAUAAUUGUAUUUAUAACUAGUUUAAAACACUUUGUGUAUCACAUCCAGCAUCAUCUUUGUAUAACAUCUUUUUGUCUGUCAGUCCAAAUACAGAUGUGGCCUUUAAGAAUGCACAUUUUUUCAUGCGGUUUCACACGAUUCGCCACGUGUGAUCACGCGGUACUCUGCAGAAUUUAAAAUCAUGUGUUGUGCUUCACACAAUAACCACCAGGUGGCGCAUGGAACCACAUACUGUAGCUGGACACAGUGCAAUAAAAUAAUAGAAUGUGUGGUCGAAUGGUUCACAUAAAAAUAUUACGUUUCUCAUCUAAACUUAUGAUAAACCUGAUUUAAACACGUUUCUACGUACAAGAUUUGAUUAUAUAAAGUGAGCGUGAUCAAGUCACACAGUACAGGUACAAUAACUAUAGUAUUUAAAUGAACGUGGCUAGACCAUGUAACUUGUGUAAAGCAGUGGUAACAUGCAGGCUUUGUUAGCCAGCGACCGGGGUUCAGUGCUCAGCUCAGUUUAGUGUUAGUGUUGAGAAGGUUUUUUUUUUUCCACUGUAGAAAGUUCCUCAAAAUAACGUCGAAUGAAUUCCAUCUUCUCCUUUCUUGCCAAUGGAAACUUUUGUUCUUUUCUUAGAAUACAAGUUUUGCUGUUUAAAACACGGGUUUAAAGUGAACACAGAAGUCCACACACUGAAAAAAGCUCAUUGAAUUUACUUAAUUCACAUUUGUACAGCGGUUCCACGUGAUUGAAUUGAGUUACAUUAACAUACUUUGUUUUCGUACAUCAAACAAGUCAUGUAUUUCCUGGGCCCGCAGCAUGUGCGUGAUUCCGCAUGAAAUCAUAGGCUCCCGUUUCCUUUGACGUGUAUUUGUAAUGGCCACAUCUGUAUCCAGAACAUAUUGCAUUACUGCAGUGCUCAACUCUGUCCUUUGAUUCGGGUCAUACGGUCUCACUGUUCGUUGUGUUCUGAAAACCCAACUGCGGCAAAGCAGAACACUGAGGAGGAAAACACCAGGGUCUGGUCUGAUCCAAAUGGACAGAACGCUGCACGUGUGAAAGUACCCCUAAAAGCCUUAGAAAUGUUUUGAGGAAUUGGGAGUUUGGCCUGUAAAUUCCAGUAAAGGACCGGAAAUAUCAGAUUUUAUUUUCAUUUCAAAGACCGUAGUCUUUAAACUUGUAUUUUUAUAUAUAGAUUAUAUUUAUUUUAGGCCUUUACCCUGAAAAUAACCACAAAAGCAAAAAAAACAACAAAAAACGAUAUACCAUAGACAACAAGGUGAUUUACAAAAAAAAAAAAAAGCAUCGAUGGCUAUUUGACAUUAGCAUGUGGAUAAUGAAAUCAGUUUAUUUUGAUUUAUGUUCAUUUUUAAUUAAAACCUGAAAAUAUUCUUUGUUUACCAUAUUAAUCACAGUCUUGGUGUUAAUCAGCAAAAGAGGUGGAGAAUCUCAUCGGUACAGCACUACCUCAAAUAAUCGCGGGUGAUUUGCACAGAGCAUUUUUACUGGCUAAGGGAAGUCGUUUUCUGCUUCCAUUCAGGAAGGCAAUAUAAAAAAAUAUGCUGUGAUGUGUUCGAAAGGAAUUUGUAUACAUUUGUGUUUGAAAGUGCUGGGAUGUUAUACAGUGAACUUUCUUCAGCUUGGAAGCCACUGUACUAUGUUUACUUCUGAAUAAAUGAAAUUGCAAAUACACUAUAUGGACAAAGGUUUGUGGACAGCUGACCAUCACACCCAUGUGUGCUUUUGAACAUCCUGUUCCAGCUUUUCUCCCCUUCUGCUGUUCUAAUAACCUUCACUCUUCUGGGAAGUCUUUCUGCUAGAUUUUGGAAUUUGGCUGUGGGGAUUUCAACCACAAGAGCAUUAGUGAGGUCACGCUAUAUACAAUUGUUUGCUUCUAACUUCGUGCAACAGUUUGGGCAAGGCCCUCAUAUAGGUGUGAUGCUCAGGUGUCCACAAACUUUUGAUCAUGUAGCGUAUGUGUCUGUUGAUAAUGCUGUGCUUGGACAGCCCAAAAGGACCCACAAAAGGGUGAUAUAAAUAACCUUAUAAAAGGAAUUUUAUAAAACUGUAUCGAACAAAUGUAUUAGUUUUUUACUCAUUUUGACAGAUUUUUUGCUCUGAAAUAAGGCCAUGCAUCUGAGUCUUAACAAAACAUGGAGAGAAAAAAACAUGAAAAGAGAAGAGGCUUUGCGUAGGUUAUUUUAUUUUACAAGUUAAAAAUAGUGUGUGAGAUGCAUUUAUCAUUUGUCUUCUUGAAUGUGUAUUUAUAUCUAAUUCUUUCUACGUGAUCAUAUUUAAAUUAUUUAGCACAGCAUGUCUUGGUUCACACAAAUUGUAUAUAUUGCUUAAGUCUUCGUCAUGCAUUUGUACAUAUCUUUUGUUAUGGCCUUUCUUCAUUUUAAUCUUUCCCAAUUUUAUGGGAAUAUUGUGCAAUAAAAGUCAAGGUUAAACAUUUCCGUGUGGUUUGAUCAUUUUGAUGGGUGGGGGCGGGGGCGGGGGUGGGGGUUUUGAUAGAACAAGGAAGUCAACUUAGGGUUAGAAUGUUGGCAAAGGUCUGUUCAUUUAACACUUCGUAUUAUCAAAGCUAAGGUGUGCUUCAUUAGUUCAUGAUAAAGUCCAUGCCUUUAUUUACAUUUAGCUCACAUAUUACUUUAGGCUCUAGUAUAUUAUUUGUGCAUCCUUUUGUAAAGUGUUACCUUGAUUAUGUCAGAAGUACUGAAACUCCACUGAAGUCACACAGUAAUGCAUAUGAGUGAAGAUCAAUGUACAGUAGAUGCUGACUUGCUUCUCAAAUUGAACUUUAAAUUCUGCUAUAAGUAACAGGACACAAAAAGUCACUUUAUAAAAAAACUAACAUUAUUUUAAAUGAGUAGAAAUAGUAGAAAAAUGUGAUUUCUUUCAUGUCUGAGUAAUUCAUACAUCCAUUACG